AAGAAUAACUACAUUAGUUAGUUAUCACCUCAAUCUGAAGGAGAAUUAAACUGUUGAAUCUGUUUUUCCUUAAAAUUUUCUUCCCCAACCAUAAAAACAAAAAAGAAAUCUUUCUUCCCCUGUUUUCAUACUGAUUUCUUAGCUAUCAAUUUUCUUUUUCUUUUGUUUUUGGUAGAAUAGCUAUCAAUUUUUCAGGAAAGAAAAAAAACAGAGAAUUAAUGCUUAUUUUUCGGAUUCUGAAUCUGUUUAGUCUUUCGGAUUCUGAUUUCCUAAUCUCCCCUGCUUUCCAGGAAAGCAACCCAAUCCCUGAUUUGAUUUCGCCUCUUUUCUGUAAUCAAUGAAAAUGUUGAAAACAAUGUAAAGUUGUCUCCUUUUCCAGUCUCCGCGUCUUUACCAACCCCAAAAAUUGUUCCUACGUUUCUGGGUUUUGAAUUCUGCAAUCUGUUCUUUUGGAGGAGGGUUUUAAACUUUUGCAGGCGCCUUUACCUUCGUCUAAUUGGGUUCUUGACCCAGCCAUCAAUCCAUCUUCCGCCUGCCGAAUGUCUCUGGUAAAUGUGUCCUCAAUUCUCAUCCUUUAUGGCCUCUUCAUUCUUCCACGACCUUGCCACUGUUAAAUGGAUAUAUGACGUAUGAGUUUAAAAUCUAGGUUUAUGAUUUCUGCAUGCUUUCUUGUUAGCUGAAACUUUUGAGGAUCUGUCUUUUUAAUCUUCAAAGAAUCAUCUUUUGGGAAGAAAUGGUUCAAUGCCAAUUAGAUGGAUGUUCUGACUUCAGAAUUUCUUCUUGUUCUGUGUUUGGCAUGGUGAAGAUUCGGAGUUGGUGUAAUUGAUCCAGACUAAACAAUCUCUUGACCAUGGCUGAAACCCACCAUGCCCUGUUGCUGCCCGAGGCAGAUGCAGUUAGUCUAAGAGAAGCACUCCACGGGCAGCAGCAGAUCCUGCAGAAGCUGUACCGCGAACUGGACGUGGAAAGGGAAGCUGCUGCAACUGCAGCUAGUGAAGCCAUGUCCAUGAUCCUGCGCCUGCAAGGAGAGAAGGCUGCAUUGAAGAUGGAAGCCAACCAAUACAAGAGAAUGGCCGAGGAAAAAAUGUGCCACGCGGAGGAGACGCUGGAACUCUGCGACGAUCUGAUGUACCAGAAAGAGAUGGAGAUUGCAUCCCUCGAGUUCCAGCUUCAGUCUUACAGGAACAGGUUUGUCAGCAUGGGACCUAACGAUGCUCCAGACUUCGAUCUUUCGCCCCACAAAAGCGACACUCUAAAAGGGGAAAAGGGUGGUGGUGUCAGGAGGCUCAACUCGUUGCCUCAGCUUGCAUUGAUGGAUACUAUCCAUAAGAGAGUAGGGUUUGACAAGAAACAAGUUGCCUCACCUAGCACAGCUACUAUCGACGAGGAAUCUGAAUUUCAAGAGAUUCAUGAGUUGGAGAAGAAGUUCGUGGCGGGUCAUACUGCUGGAGACUUAAAUUCGUACUGGGAACAGAUCAAGAAAUUGGACAAACGACUGAAAGAGAAGUCGGAUGGAAGCAGCAAAGAUCAUACUAGCAAACACAAGUCUGCACUUUGGAGAGGUGGGACUUGGUCUCAUUCGUCAUAUUCACAACUUACUGAAGGAAACAACGGUAAUGGUGGUGGCGAUAACUCAACUUCACAAGACUUGGAAACUGGUUUGAGUUCUCAUGUACCUUCCAAUAAUUGUAUGGCUGACAAUCUCGAGAGUCAAAAAAAGCCUUGUGAACAGCAGAAGAAAGAUAGUAGAAAACCUCAUGUGGAAGGUAGUACUGAGUUUCAUAAACAGGACAUAUCAUCAGGAGAGCAAGUGAAGGUAGUGUCGCAUUGUUCUUCAAGCAACGAGAAGAAGAAAGCACCAAAAGACGCACCACUUGUUGACCAUGGACAUGGUGGUUUGCCUCCUCCCCCUCAUCAUCAUUUGGUCACACCAUGCGAUUACCAGAAUCUGAUGCGAAGAAUCGAGAGGCUCGAGAGAGGGAGGAACAAUGUGAGGCACCAGCAGCAGCAGGAGAUUGGUUCUUGCGGCGGAGGGCAAACAGCAGAAGAAGAGAUGCAUCUGUUGAAGGCAAUUCAGGAACAACUUGGCGGGAUACAGACCGAACUCAGGAGUCGAAAAGCUCAGAAACCUAUUGUCCCAGAUGAACCGUGUCUUGAUGUUCUCCAGGAGGCAAUGUUAUACUUCUGGCUAUAAGGAAAUCAAGUAGUUUCCAUACUACAUUGUUACAACAACAUUACUACAGAGCGUAGUGCGAAGAUAACUGCAGAAGACUCUCACAUUUUGAUACAGAAGGCAAGGAGUUUGUAUAUUUGUUAUUAGACAUGACCUUUUUCUGUAUCCUUGUGCAUAUAGGAUGUAUGUGCCCUGUAUCUGAAUUUCAAUCGGCAUAUUUGCAUGUACAGUUGUUGUUCUAUCAAGUCAUUUCCUUUUCCUGCUUCAAAAUAAAGCUGGAAAUGGUGGCCGUGGUGGCCCUGAUCAAUUGCCUGCUGCUAUGCUCUAUUGUCUUGUCCAAACAAACUAAUAAAUAUGAGGCGCCAGAAAACUGUGGUCCAUUUCACUAGUAGUAAAAUAGAGAGUAGCUAGUACUAUUCUUUGCUUUUGCCUUGCCUGCCUACUAAAUAGCAGCGAAUUUUGAAGCACACAGAAUGAGGAACAUAUCGGUGCCCAAAUUCGAACAAAGGAAGGUAAAAUGAGGAGAUCAUGUUUCUACGUGUUUGUCAUCGUCUUGCUUGCAAAUAUCUUACUGAUGAAACCACACCACCGGACGAAAAAACCAAAACUUUAUUCCUUCCUCUGCAAAAUGAGAAGAAAAUGAACACAGAGAGCAAGGCAAUAGAAACAUGAGAUCUGCACCACGAUGCGCUGCUGGGCUCCCAGCUCCCCUAGCAAUUCGGAAAUGGCAACAGGAUUCGGACGGUGCAGAUAUCUCAAGAUCUCUAUUCUCGUCUACUUCACCGGCGUCAUAUCCGGUACACAUCACCCCUCCUCUUCCUGUCUUUCUCCGUCAUAGCUCGCAUAAGCUUAUAUCAUCAGUUUUAAUUAGUAAUCAACUGGCACCAUAUCUCCAUUAUCAUAAUUCUAUAAUCCCUCUGUCAUUUUGAUGGUCGUUCUGGAAGUUUUUGUUGUGAGGAUUGAGGAUUGCGAGUUCAUGCCUCAGAUGGGAUGUGGGUCUUGGUAAGAGAUUUGGAUAUCAUCUUGUUCAUAAUCCCUGUUACGCUUUUGUUUUAUCGACGAAGCCAUUAUUCAGUUGUGGUGGCGAUCGGAACCCUGUUACGGAGAUCCUGGGCUCUCCUCCGGCCGCCGCCUUCCAAGUUUGCCGGAUGGAUGUUCGCCUUGUCUCCGGAAUUAGCUCCGAGACGUACGGCGCCAUAUUUGAAAAUUUACUUUUUAAUUUAAUUCCUUUCCGCCGGUGAUGUCUCAUUUGUUCGUUUACGUUAAGGUAAGAUUUGGAAUCUUUUUUACUAAUUUAUUUACUCUCUUAAUUAUUGCUAAUUCGAAUUUUUUGUUGACUUUGCUAGUUACUAGCCCUUUUAUUUGCUUUAUCAUUAUUGUGCAGCAAUCAUCGUUUCCUUAUUAAGUGGGUUCAUUUUCUUUCUCCCUUAUCAUUAUCAUCUUUAUUGUGUAGCAUUUAAACGUCCAUAUUUAGUGGUCUCUUUUCUUCUUCUUCUUAAUUUUUGCUAAAUAGAAUUUUAUUUAAUUAUAUUUGGUAAUUCACUUUUUAGAAUGUUGUAUAUUGGGUAAUUCGGAUCCAUCUACAAAUGGAGAUCUAUUAUACUUCAUUUUAUGAAUUUUACAAUUGAUAUUUUACAUUCGGUUAUGUCGCCUUUGCCUAAAGGGCACUCCUUAAUCUCUUGAGAUAGAGAUCUCUAGCAUCACAGUGGAUGCCUUUUUGGGGUUAGAUAUAACCUGCCCUAGCAAAAGUAUAUUCAUUCGGUUUGAUUGGGCCACAAAGAAUCUUCACGGAUGUGCAAACUGCCUUUGGCAGAUUUUCAGGUGAUGGAACUGUCUCAUUUGCUUUUGGUAAAAUUUAUUAUGCUAUUACUAUGAGAAAGGGUCUUACUCAUAAUGUUUGGUUGUUACCUCUCGAGGAUAUUCUCAACCGGUCAUCAGGAUGCUACAUCGAGGAAGUCUUCCCAUUCUAAAGUCGGAAAUAUUUUAAGGGAAGUUCUUUCUCUCUUCUUGACUCCCUGUGUCAGUUUCGUGUCUUUGCUCCUCGGAGCUUUCAUAGAGCUGCCCACCUCGUGGCAAAAAAGGCUCUUUUAUUGGGAGUCCGGUUGCAUACGGGCUACCAUUCUUUAUUAUUAUCAGUUUUAAAUAUUUGUUGUUCGGCCAUGCCCUGGGGCUUAUCUUGGAUAAAAAAAAAGUUAGGGUGCAAUUGGUCUUCUAACAAAAAAAAAAGUACAGAAUGUGACUGGUUGAAAAGGAUUCAGAAUGGGCUCCUUCAUGGGCUUCUCUUUCGAGCGAUUUAAAGUAUUGGCCCAAUUUGACUGGGAGGAGUCCACCGUAGCAACCAUAAGCCCACAAACAACCCUUUUCCUUUUGAGCUAAGGUAAGAAGUGGCCCAAUUCAUUCGAUGACUUUCACCUAAAUUGCUAUUUUCCCGGGACAGGUUACGGUGAUUACUACAAAGUUGUAAUCACCAUGGUUACUAAGGGUAAAUUGGGUAUGGAAAAAUAAAUUGUAUUAAUUCAUUUAUUUUAAUAAAUUUCAUUUUAUUUA